GUGUGUGUGUCUGUGUGUGUGUUCCUAGGACUCAAACCCAGAGAUUUUCCCAUGCUGGACAAGUGCUCUACCAUUGACCUACAUUCCCAGCAUGAAAGUUGUAGUUUCCUAAAUCUAGUUACAUUGCGGAAUUUCUAAACACAUCAAUGAAAAUUUUAUGCUUUGUAAUAUUGAAGUUCUUGGACUAGCUCGAACUCUCAUAGGGCGAUGCUAAGUCGCCAUGGUCAUUUGGAAAAUAUUGGUUCACUUAUUUGUAAAACACUGGCAUAUGUUUUAUUAUGUAGCAUGCAUUGAAAUGUGUUGCUGUCACAACUGAUAUUCCUAAAGCAGCCUUUAAUUAUUGGCAAGCUGUCAAGUCCAUGUUAGCAGAUGCAAGGUCCCCACGAUUUUAACUUUACUUUGACAGCUGGAAUUAGAAACAGCUGUGCCUUUGACGUGACAAGGAUACUUUGUUGAUUAUUUGCUAGAAAGCCUCUGCCAAAAGCCCAAAGCUGAAGAACUAUGUUGGUUCUCUCAUACAAAUGGCUUUCUAGGUGGGAAGUGGCAAGUCCCUGGUGCAGCUCUGUCACGCAAGUGAUUCCCCUUGGGACUGCUGUGACAACUAGGUAUCAAAACAGGCACUUUACUGGGUGAGCUCUCUGGGGUUCCUGAAACCUCACUUUGAGGAUUGUGGGUCUGGUGACUGAAGUUCCAAUGGAAGCCAGCCCCAGAAGGUGCAGACUCAUCGUGUGCCUAUUGGAGCCUUCCCUUUCCUGGAUAAUUUGGGAAAACAACAAAAGCUACUGGGACUUCUUUAGGGUGUAGGUUGAGGCCAGCAUGGGUGAUAGGCAGUUUCCAAAGCCACAUGCACCAAGCUUCUUGAAGCUCUCUUCUGAGCUUUAAAGGAAUUAGAAUGACACAGGGACUCCGAUCUUUCAUGUUUCGUCCCACCCACCUCUCUUUCUUCUCUGUACCCUCAUGUUUCAGAACUCAAAACUUUCAAAAAUCUGAAAGCAUUCUACAGGGUAAAUAUACACGAGGGUCACGUAUAUUCAGGGCAGAACUAGGCCUCCAAAGUGCACAGGUGUUUUGGAAGUGAGCAGCAAUCUCUCAAUAUCGAAUACUCUGCCCUUUCAGAAUUCUACAGUUGAAAUCUCCAGGGAGAGCUCUUCAGAAGCAGAGGAAUUAGGGCCUCUGAAACUUCAAGGCCAGCUGGGUUCACAUAUCCAGACCAUGUCUUUAAAAACAAACAAAAAGACCAAGGCCUCCAUUGUACUAUUGUGCUGAGGACCUCAGAGCAAAACCUUGACCUGGAAUUGUUAGAAAUGGGGGUUUGGAAUGGGAUGAUGGGAUGUACGAGGCUAGGGAUAGAGGGGGACCCUAAAUCAACAAAUCAAAGAACCAACCAAACAAGAAAACAAGUACUGUCCAGAAAGCACUGACCUCCCUCAGGGACACAAGUCAAUCUGUGACCAGCAUGAGACAGCAUAUUUACAUCAUAGCAUGCCUAGUACUAGGGAGAGUCCAGCUUUCUCUGCGGUGAGCAUGCAGGGCUUCAAUAGCAAGUGUGCUAACACUGUGUGUGUGUGUGUGCGUGUGUGUGUGUGCGCGUGUGUGUGCGAGUGUGUGCGCGUGUGUGUGCGUGUGUGUGUGCGUGUGUGUGUGCAUGUGUGUGUGCGUGUGUGUGUAUGUGUGUGUUGAGGGGAGUAGGAAUGGAAUCUGUAUUGUUUGGUUGGGUUUCAUGAUCAAAUGAGAACCCCUCCCCAGUUGUAGUUUUUCUGAUCUUCAGGCAAGAAAGAAAGUGUCGAGGUGUGGGAGAGAAGGAACGAAGAACGGUCUAAUGGGUUCGGAUCAUAGAGGGGCCAGAAGUAGAGGAGUCUGUGUAAGCAGUAGGCUGCUACUAGGGAAAUAGACUACAGUAUGCGUGGGGUGCAAGUGGGAUCAGGGGCUUAGAUGGAGACUGGCGAUUCUCUGCUCUGCCCUCACUACAGGGGUACGCCCCCAUGUUGCCUCUCUGCUGUCGUCCCCUAAGUCCUGAACUAAGGGAGAUCUCGUGGUCAAGUGCCUAGGAUUGUAGACAGUAAGUGAUGCUUGAAACUUGUUUUGGGGGCAAAGCCCAUCACUGAAGAUGCUAAGGCAGAAGGUGGAGAGUGUUACACAGCAAUAUUAUGUCUUCUUAAAAACAGCAUAUUAAUUAUUAUUGGACGUUUGUCUGAUUGAUUAGUUAGUACAUGUGUGUGUGUUUGCAUGUGUGUGGCACGGCAUACAUGUGGAGAUGAGAACACAUGGGAGUCAGCUCUCUUCCUUUUCACUGUUUGAGUCCUGCGGAUUAAGCUCAGGUCAGGCAUGGUCAGGCAUGGUAACCUCCUUAGCCAUCUCUCCAGCGGAAGACUAUGUCUUAAAAAAAUAAUUUGUAGGGCUGGAGAGAUGGCUCAGUGGUUAAGAGCACUGACUGCUCUUCCAGAGGUCCGGAGUUCAAUUCCCAGCAACCACAUGAUGGCUCACAACCAUCUGUAAUGGGGUCCAAUGUCCUCUUCUGGUGUGUCUGAAGACAGCUCAGUGUACUCACAUAUAUAAAUAAAUCUUAAAAAAUAAUAAUUUGUAGUCCUGGAAAUGGCUCAGUGCUUAAGGACACUUGCCUUCCCACAGGACCUGGGUUUGAUCCCGGCCCCCACGUGACUGCUCAUAACCAUCUGUUAUCCCAGUUCUAGGGCAUCUGACACUCUCUCUGGUCAUCUCAGAUACUGCACAUGCACAGUGCACACGACACAUGGCAGGACAAUCACCCGUGAGAUGAAGUUCAGUUUGGGAUUUGGUUUCUUUGGCAGAGUCACGGUAUAUGUCUCAGUCUGAUUUUAGCCCCUAGCAAUCCUCCUGCUUCAGCUUCCUGAGAGCUGGGAUUACAGACAUACAUCAUUAUACCUUUUCUUUGGGUAUUUACUUUUUUGGUUUUUGAGACAGGCUAGACCGUCCAUCCUUGGCAACCAUCCUCCCACGUCAGUCUCCUAAGCCUGGCUUGAUGCUUGUCUCAUUUGCUAUCAUUCCUUCACACUUUGAUGGUUUAAUAUGUUCAUAAGACCACGUAUGAAAUGAAACAAUAUCUUGCCAAGUGUGGCCUUUUUUAUACUAGGACAAAGCAUUCCUUUGCAUUUAGACAUUUUCACAUUUUUGCUCCUCAGAAUUCGAUUAUAACAGAGCACAAUCACCACACUUGGGCGAUUGAAGUGGGAUUGCUGAGAAUUUCAGUGAAUCCGGGCUGUUCAUGUAACUGAGUUCUGGGCCAAUGUAGGCUAAAACCCUGUUCAACAACAACAACAACAACAGAGCUACAAACACCACCAGAAGUUCAAGUACUUUCCCACACAGACCUAGGACUGGCUCAAUGUUAGGGGUACAGUGCUAAUGUUCCUCUAGAAUCCAUGAACACCAGAGUGGAAGGGGGUACUCUAGUGAAGGGUAUGUAGAAGAGACCCCCUGGGAAGGAGAAAACAUCCCCAAUUGUGAAGUUGACCUUGUUACUCAUUGGAUUUCCUUGGGAUGCCUGAAGUGUGAACGUCCAGGAGAAGCGUCUCAUGUGAUGGGAAGAAGUAGGAAGCUGAGACUGGCAGCCAGGGUGAGGGAUAGAGAAGACUGACCAUGGGAGGAGCACCACGGCAGGAGGCCAGGAGGCCGUGGUAGAGCUAUCACAAGUUCAAGGCCUGCCUGUGCUGAAGAAUCCAUGUUCUUCAAAACAGCACAGUGUGCUCGGCUAGUGAGGUAGAGAAGAGGAGAAGCACCGCAGAGGCCUGGCAGGAGUGGCUGUGCAGGCCCGGUUAGCUAAUUGUGUUACAGGGCAGUGCGCACAGACUGUUGUGUAGGCUGGAGGAGACUGCCCUGGCUGGCCGGCCCUGUCACCACGCCUCUCAGCAGUCAGAUAAAAGAGUGAAACCCACCCAGAACUGAUUAGUCAUUCCAACCCCAGAGAAGGGAAACUGAAGCCUCUGUUGAUGAAAUGGAAAAUAUGACAGGGUUCAUACACAAAAUGUGAGGAGACAGUUGUGACAGCACUGCAGACCAUGCUUUGCAGAUCUAAAGAAACACUUGAUUAGAGAGCUGUUUCCAUUGAGAGUCUUCCUGGCUUGAAGACGGUUGUUUGUUUGUUUGUUUGAUAUACAUCAAGAAACAGUCUUAGAAAGGUGUAAGUACUAGCCCAAGGUCAAAUAGCCAGAGUAUUUAAAAAGAAAAAAAAAGCUUCCGGUUCCGCAAUCAGUUUUCCACACUUCUACUCAAAAGUACCAACUGUGGAAUUCUGAGUACUCUUGGGGACUGAGGUGGGGGUGGGGGACAAAAAAGGAGAGGGGCAUUUUAUUUACCUAACCUCUCUGCCAAAGCAAACUUGCUUCUCUGGAUGGGUUUGCUCUUCCUUUAGGCUCGUAGGUAAUGAAAUACUCAACCUUCCUCACUGUCUAACUCAGAGCGCCAAGAGCAGGUAUGUGCGCGUCACCUGCAUGGGCCUGGGACACAGGUUCUCUGGACCAGGCUGCCCAAAGACCGCUCCGUCCCUCCUCUGUUUGGUUAACCCCGCUUCUAAGAAGCACCUGACGUGCUGUGGGUGCCGGUCACCCGGUGCCAGCAAGUUUCUGUUGUCCUUCAGUUAUAAUUGUUAACCUGAAUGGAAUGCCAAACUUCUGGUUCAGAGCAAGUUGCUGUUUAACUGUGACUAACUUGUGGGCUAUGGAAAACGGGGUGUAUGUCCUGUUAUUGCGGAAGCUACCUUUUCCAGGCACCGUUUCCACAAUAGCUAGAAAUAAGUGCCCCAUAAAUACGUGGGUGCUGCUGUGUCUGCAGUUGGCCAGGGAGUUCUACCCUUCAUCUCCCCUUAUUAACUCUUAAUUUAGACACCCUUUCAGUCGACAAGUCAAGACUUGCUUGGGGAUUAGAACAAGGUGAUCGUAAGGCCACCUUCAAAACAAAACAGGAAAACCUCUAAAGCCCCUAGCGUCGAGUUCUAUUUCUAGAAGCUUUGCCCAGGAACUCCCAACUUCAGAUUUGGAUUUGUUCCCCUGUCUUACAGGGAAGUGUGGAGACUGGCUUGCUCAAUGACAUUAUUGUACAUCACAGGAUCGCUUUGCUACCAUUAUAUUGUGUUCUCUCAAUGGUGUUUGCUCUGAGGGUGGGUCGAAAGGCUGUUCAGUGUCUCGUAAAACAUUUACCAAAAGCACUGAGCCAUGGUUUUGAAGGGCAUUCCGUUGCCAGAGCGUGGGAGGCGAGGACGGGCAGGGGAAAGCGAGCACCAGGUGUUUGGCAGGGUUUGCCUCAAAGAAUACUUCAAGAACUGAACAGAGAAAUCCCAAGUGAGCUGCCUGAAUCUUCGCGAAUUCUCUUGUUCUACCUUCCAUAGAAAGACCAAUCAAAUUGCUGACUUUUGGUUUCCUCCAGCUGUGGAUGCCUUUGACAUUAUGACUGCAGAAGAUUCCACCACAGCCAUGAACAGCGAUCCAACAGUGGGGUCCUCCACCAAGGUACCGGAGGGUGUGGCGGGCGCGCCCAAUGAGGCUGCACUGUUGGCACUGAUGGAGCGCACCGGUUACAACAUGGUACAGGAGAAUGGGCAGCGCAAGUAUGGUGGACCCCCGCCCGGCUGGGAGGGCCCGCAUCCCCAGCGUGGCUGUGAGGUCUUCGUGGGCAAGAUCCCACGUGAUGUGUAUGAAGAUGAGCUGGUGCCUGUGUUUGAGACGGUAGGUCGCAUCUACGAGCUGCGCCUCAUGAUGGAUUUCGAUGGCAAGAACCGCGGCUAUGCCUUCGUGAUGUACUGCCACAAGCACGAGGCCAAGCGAGCUGUCCGUGAGCUCAACAACUAUGAGAUCCGCCCGGGUCGUCUGCUGGGAGUGUGCUGCAGUGUGGACAACUGCCGCCUCUUCAUCGGUGGCAUCCCCAAGAUGAAGAAGCGUGGGGAGAUCCUGGAGGAGAUCGCCAAGGUCACCGAGGGCGUGCUCAACGUGAUUGUGUAUGCCAGUGCAGCAGACAAGAUGAAAAACCGAGGCUUCGCCUUUGUGGAAUAUGAGAGCCAUCGGGCCGCAGCAAUGGCCCGUCGCAAGCUCAUGCCGGGUCGUAUCCAGCUGUGGGGCCACCAGAUAGCCGUGGACUGGGCCGAGCCAGAGAUUGAUGUAGAUGAGGAUGUGAUGCAGACCGUGAAGAUCCUCUACGUGCGCAACCUCAUGAUCGAGACCACCGAGGAGACCAUCAAGAGGAGCUUUGGCCAGUUCAACCCAGGCUGUGUGGAAAGAGUCAAGAAGAUCCGUGACUACGCCUUCGUGCACUUCACUAGCCGCGAGGACGCUGUGCACGCUAUGAACAACCUCAAUGGCACAGAGCUGGAGGGCUCCUGCUUAGAAGUCACGCUGGCCAAGCCUGUGGACAAGGAGCAGUACUCUCGCUACCAGAAGGCAGCCAAGGGUGGCGGUGGCUCAGCUGAGGCAGUGGCACAACAGCCCAGCUACGUGUACUCCUGUGACCCCUACACGCUGGCCUAUUAUGGCUACCCCUACAACGCGCUCAUCGGGCCCAACCGGGACUACUUCGUGAAAACAGGCAGCAUAAGAGGCCGAGGACGCGGUGCAGCUGGGAACAGAACCCCGGGGCCCAGGGGUUCCUACCUGGGAGGGUAUUCUGCCGGCCGUGGCAUAUAUAGCCGAUAUCACGAAGGCAAGGGCAAACAGCAGGAGAAAGGAUACGAGCUCGUGCCGAACCUGGAAAUCUCUGCCGUCAACCCAGUGGCCAUCAAACCUGGCACAGUGGCCAUCCCUGCCAUUGGUGCCCAGUACUCCAUGUUCCAGGCAGCCCCGGCCCCUAAAAUAAUUGAAGAUGGCAAGAUCCACACAAUGGAACACAUGAUCAGCCCCAUUGCGGUGCAGCCAGACCCGGCCACUGCUGCUGCCGCCGCCGCUGCCGCUGCUGCUGCUGCUGUCAUUCCUGCGGUAUCCACACCGCCGCCUUUCCAGGGCCGUCCAAUAACUCCUGUGUACACUGUGGCACCAAAUGUUCCGAGAAUCCCCACCGCCGGCAUCUACGGGGCCAGCUAUGUCCCCUUUGCUGCUCCGGCCACUGCCACAAUCGCCACACUACAGAAGAACGCUGCAGCCGCCGUGUACGGGGGCUACGCGGGCUACAUACCUCAGGCCUUCCCUGCUGCUCUCCAGGUGCCCAUCCACGACGUCUACCAGACUUACUGAGACCGGGGACCAGAAAGGCAAGCCACCAAACCCCGCCGAAGGAACACUCUAUUAUUUAUGAAGAAAGAACGUGUCGGGUUGACACACGUGUAAAACCUGCAAGUGAAGAAGAAUGUUAUCAAAUAGCACACUGAAAUAUUUUAUAUCCAUGAAGUUUUCACUCAUGUUUUUUUGAAAAUGACUUUUCAAUUUAGCAGGCCCGCGUUCAUACAUUUCUAAGAGACUUGCGACGCCUCAUGCCUUAACAUCAUCUUUUAAAGUUUGUAUGCUCUACUGUGUUUGUACAGAGGUUUGGUUUUGUUUUUUAAGGAUAUAUUUUCAGUAUGAAGGUUAUUUUCUUAACUUCUGCACUCCAGAGUUUUCUAUUUUGUAGAACCUUUCAAAAUAUAUCAGCUCUCUCUAUAUAUAUGUAUAUGUAUAUCCAAAAAAAAAAAAAAAAAGAGCACGCCCGGGCAUCUAGGGAACUAUUUUGAAAACUAUAUUCAAUAUUUAAAGACACAAACUGUAGUGUUCUGAAAUGCUACGCAAAACAUUUUAUUUUUAAGGUGAUGCUGGAAAGUGCAAUUUUAAAAUGAGGAAAAAAAGGUCUCUACUGUGUUUCUACUGGCAUUAAGGGUUGACGAUAUUGCCAUAUAUUCUUGUCAUGUUUUCUGGGUUUAUGGGGGUUUGGGUUUGGUUUGUUUGUUUGUUUGUUUGUUUUAAUAAGUCUGUUCUUAAGCCAACAUGGAAAAGACUCCCCACACCCAGAGUCCCAACACUGGAAAGCUCUGACCUGCCCUCAGUACCCUGGGCUCACCCUGUGUCUCUACUGUUAUCUGCCCCGCCCCACCCUCAAGGAGGGAUUCUGCCUCCUUCCCUGGCUCCCGGGCAGCUCUGAGGUUUGGCAUAUCUAAGAAAAGUGGAUAAUCGAAUGGAGAGGACUACUGAUGCCUUUUAUGCUUCUUCCUGGGAUUGUGUUGGGGUCUUUUUAUAUUUAAUUUUGGAUUGUCUGGGGAUGUAUUUUCUUCUCCAUGUGUUUUCAGUAGCAGAAUGCACCCGAGGGCAAGAUUUUACCUCGUUUGCCUAAGGCAUCUUUGCAUAGCUAUUUGUUCAGUACGGAACUUCAACUUUCUAAUCCUUUGUUUUUUUGGCGUGUUUUUUUUUUUUUUAAGUCUGAGUUUUUAGAGACCAAGAAUGUAUGUGACUAUAGACAAGACCUUCAAGACUUGUCAACAGGAAGUUUAGCUUCUCGCUGCCUUUCUGCGUUUCCUACAGGAUGCCUGUUGUCAUCAGGGAUGUUAGAAGCACUGUGUGUGUUUAACAGGGUUUCUCUCAGCCGCCCUGCGUUUGGUAGGCGAACAGGGGGCAUACCCAUCCAAGAGGAGGACCUGUAGGUUAAGGGUAGUUUGUAAAUAACUUCUGAUGCUUGCUCAUACACACCUUCUGUGUUGCCAAAGCUCGUGGCUUGUAGUGUAAUGCGAAACGCAGCCAUUUUAUUUCAAUGUUAUUAAAAGUGUUUGCUUUUUUGUGGGGGGGGGAGUAAAUGCACAGAGGCAGGGUUAGGGUUUUGUGCCUGUUUUAAGGCUUUUAUUUGGCAGUGAAUGUAAAAUACAGUGAAAUGAUAAUAUUGUCAUCUCUUUUAUGAAUUACAUCUUUUUAAAAGGCUUGGUCCAGGGUGUGAAGUGAGCGAUAAGGUAACAGAGGCAUGGUUGUAUUUUAUGGCAUAACAGAGUCCAUCAGAUUUUUCUUCCCUCCAGAGUUUUGCUAAUAGGCUUAACUCUUAUUUCUGGAUUAAUAGUAGGAUCAUGCCCUUAGCAAAUAAUUUUCUGUUUUUAAAUUAAGAGAUUCCCAAAUGUCUUUUCCCCCCCUUAUCUUGAUGGGAUGGAUUUUAUAUAUAAGAAAUAUUUAUUUAGCUAUUCUGUAAAAUUAUCUAGUGCCUGCUAAGGCCUUUGAGCAUCCCUCCAUCCUGUUGCGUGGCAUAAAGCAGCAGCUGUACGGUGUUCUGGGGGCUCACUCAGAAGCUGCACCCACUCGGGCCCGUGGGGAUGAGGGACCUUAUCAAAGGUAUCAGGUUCUCAUCCCUUGACUUGUGUGAGGAAAAAAGUGCUUUCCUUCCUGCCACCACGGACUGACAUGGAAGUCUUCAGAUGGAACGCUGACCCCAUGUUCUUACUGUAUUUUUCAAGUGCCUGGAAAAAAAUAUUUUCAAAAACAAUACUAGUAAUAAUAAAAGGAAAAAAUAUGCACUAACUUAACAUGGCAACUACCUUAACAACAGGCAUUGGUGGCAGCCAGUUAAGCACCAGUGGCCCUGCUGUCUGUGAUCUUACCUGUUCCUCUUGUUUCUCAACCAUUUCACACGUACACUACUGAGGUAAGUUUAUAACUUGAAAUGUGAACUUUUUUUUUUUUUAGGAAUAAGAACAAACUAAUAUAAAUGUUUUUAAACGUUUUAGAGUUUGGGUUUUAGACAUGCUACUAGUUUAGUUUUUAGCUUCAUAUUUGAAAAGCUUUUUAGAUCUCGCUUCAUUUACAUACAGUGCAUUCUUAAAAUGUAUGUGGUAAAUAAAGCUUUCUUGAAAGCA